AUGUCUGGAGCUAACCCGCCCGCCUACAACAGUCGUCAAGGGUUCGGCCGGGGAGGAAACAACAAGAACAACCCUCCCAAGAGCCCGGCGCAGGCUCCCCAAGCACCCCAGGCUGGUGCCAUGUCCAACUCUCCGUCCCUCACUAACAGCCUCACCAUGGACAACCUCGCCGCGAACGACCCCGAUGCCCCUAAGUACUUCUUCCAGGAGAAGUACGCCCCGCUGAACGUGAGGGGCAAUUUCUUGACCCUGUGUGCUUGUCCGAAGAAUGUGGAACUGGGCGAGUGGCUGGCUCACCAGAUUGUUGAACAAUAUCGCUUGCUCCACGGCAUGCUCCAAGUCAUCCAGGAGACGAACAGCGUCACUGGUCUUCCAAUUUGCAAUGAGAGCACAUGCCCGACUAUGUCGGCUGGUCGGUUGACCUAUACUUGGCUGGUUGACGGCCGCGCAGCCAAGAUCUCCGCUCCAAAGUUCAUCAACCGCGUCGAGAAGUGGAUCGUCAGCAAGAUCCAUGACCCAGUCAUGUUCCCUACGGAGAAGGUGAACGGCAUCCCUGAAACCGCCUCGAUGAGAGAUGCCAACGGUACCUCUGCGACCCCCUCCUCCGCCACUCCUACGGAUUCUACAAGCCCCGCGGGCACGACUGGCGCAUCAGCAGACGAGUGGAUUGGCCAAUCCAGUGGCUUCCCCCAAACAUUCUACAAGGACUGCCAGGGUAUCAUGAAGCAGAUGUUCCGCUGCUAUGCUCACCUGUACCACGCGCACUGGCUGAACCCAUUCUGGCACCUCAACAAGCACGACAUCCUGAACAUGUGCUUCGUGCACUUUGUCACCGUCGCCAAGUACUACCAGCUCGUCUCGGACAAGGAGAUGGAGCCGAUGCAGCCGCUGAUUGACCUGUUCAUCAAGCAGCAGCGGGUGCCCCCAGAGGCCUUGAGCGGUGGCCACUGGGCUCAGCAGCCGGCAGCCAACUAA